CACAGAAACAUUGAAAUGUUAGGCUGGAAAGAGGAAGUACAGUGGAGAGGGGAGGGACCGAGGGCAGAGUUCCAUGGGGCUGCCGCGGCGCUUCGAACUUCAGCACAUGGAGCUGGGGAGAGUUGGAAGAACUUCAUACUGCAAACUCAAGGAAUAGCAGAAUACCUGCACCGAAUGGAGAGUGAGCAGGCACAGGAGAUGUCUCAGAUGCCAGGCAGGGAUAGCCCCCCUCAGAAUGAGGUGUCUGAGGAGAAUGAUGAGUCCAUGCCCGUCCCGGAGGACCUGUCAGCCAGCUCCAAUCUACAGCACAACAACCGAGGAGAGAAAGGAGCCAUUGCCUGUAACAUUAAAGUUGAGGCUCGCAGUGACGAGGAGAAUGGGCUCACCUUUGACAUGAUGAUGAAUGGCGAGGAGGAGGAGGAGUGUGCGGAAGACUUGCGCGUGCUCGAUGCCUCGGGGGCCAAAGUGAACGGCUCCCAUGCAUCCCCCGACAGCAAGGGCCCCUACUCCUCGGCCGGGGGUAUCCGCCUGCCCAACGGGAAACUCAAGUGCGAUAUCUGUGGGAUAGUUUGCAUUGGCCCCAAUGUGCUGAUGGUGCACAAGCGAAGCCACACUGGAGAGCGUCCGUUCCAGUGCAGCCAGUGUGGGGCUUCUUUCACCCAGAAAGGCAACCUGCUGCGCCACAUAAAGCUCCACUCGGGAGAGAAGCCCUUCAAGUGUCACCUCUGCAACUAUGCCUGCCGUAGGAGGGACGCCCUCAGCGGACACUUGCGCACCCACUCCGUCGGUAAACCCCACAAGUGUGCCUACUGUGGGCGGAGCUACAAGCAGCGUAGCUCACUGGAGGAGCACAAGGAGCGGUGUCACAACUAUCUCCAGUGUAUGGGGCUGCAGAAUAGCAUCUACACAGUAGUAAAGGAAGAAAGCAACCAGAAUGAGCAGAGGGAAGACUUAAGCCAGAUGGGAUCUGACAGAACCCUGGUGCUAGACAGACUAGCUAAUAAUGUAGCCAAGCGUAAGAGUACUAUGCCACAGAAGUUUGUAGGUGAGAAGCGGCUAUCAGACCUCUCCUUCGAGGGCGGCCAGGGGGAACUGAUGCAGCCUCACGUCAUCGACCAGGCCAUCAACAGCGCCAUCAACUACCUGGGCGCCGAGUCCCUGCGACCGCUCAUCCAGACCUCCCCUACCUCCUCAGACGUGGGGGUCAUGAGCUCCAUGUAUCCCGUCCACAAGCCCCCUUCAGAGGGACAAGGAGCGGGAGGCCACGGCCUGUCGGCCAAGGACAGCGCGGCUGAGAACCUGCUACUUCUCGCCAAGUCCAAAUCAGCCUCCAGUGAGAAGGACGGUUCCCCCAGCAACAGUGGCCACGAUUCCACCGACACGGAGAGCAACAACGAGGAGAGGGCAGGUGGCGGUGCACCGGGCCUCAUCUACCUGACCAACCACAUCACUUCUGGGGCACGUAACGGUGCGCUGCCCCUGGUGAAGGAGGAGCAGCAGCGGCAAUACGAGGCCAUGCGAGCCAGCAUGGAGAUGGCCUCAGAGGGCUUCAAAGUGCUAAGCGGUGACGGGGAGCAGGUGAGGUGUUAUCGCUGUGAACAUUGCCGCAUCCUCUUCCUAGACCAUGUUAUGUACACCAUCCACAUGGGCUGCCACGGCUUUCGAGACCCCUUCGAGUGUAACCUCUGUGGCCAUCGCAGUCCGGACCGAUACGAGUUUUCUUCACACAUGACCCGAGGGGAGCACCGCUUCUGAAUUUUCCACGGAGCGUACAGUCACUCAUGAACAUGUAUAUGUAUUAGCACACACACAUACAUAAAAACACACAGCCUCUGUACGUCCCUCCCUCUGUUUUUGGAAGUGGUGAUUUUUACACAUUGACAAGAAACUGCAUGUUUGAAGAACAAAGUACAAGACUCAUGUUGUUUUCACAUAUUCAGGAGGGACAAAAUGGAAAUCUCCUCCAUCAGCUUUUUCGAAAACAAAAUGUCUAAAAAGAACUCUUCAGUAAACAGAAUGAACAACUUAUUUAGCCUCAGCAAUAAGUAUUGUGUGGCAUAUUGUAUUGUUUUAAGCCUUCACGUUUAGGACUUGAAAACCUGCAAUGCAGAAUUUACACUGCUCUUGGCCAAAUUUGGAUAAAACCCUACUACUACUACUACCAGUGCAACCUUUCGUUUUGGGAAUGGGAUGGAUAUUGUAAAUAAAGACAAUACAUUAAAAUGGCAUUUAAAUUGUCAUAAUAUGAAUAUGUAAUUCUGGACAACAACCUAUCUUAGCGCUCUAGCUAAUUCAUAUGGCUUGGGAAAACACAAUUAAAACCAUUAUACUAAUACAUUUCAAUACCCAUAGGAGAUUUUUCUCUUUAUUGUAUUUAAAUGUUUAUUUGAAAUCUCUUGUUUUUAUAUAAACUUUUUAUAUAUUAUUUAUGCCAUGAACACAUGCAUGUAUUGCUUUUUGUAAUUUAUUACAGUUGGUGUUGUUUUCCUGUUUGAUUUUUUUACUUCAAACAUUCCCUACCAUUUAUACAAAAAUGAUAGAUGGAUUUGAGUUGAAUAAAUGACUGAACUCUAGUAUUAUUUACUGAAAUAUAUUUUUCUUUCAUAUAAAGUAGGGAUGGUAUUCUGUUUUGUCUCAGCUAUUUACUUGGGUGGCAGAGAGAAUUUGGAUUUAACUUAAAGCAACUUCACUCAUAUAUCAUGCUUGCAAAAUAUCAAUAAAGAAUAUUUUACAUAAACAAAGCACUGAUAUUUUAUUUAUUUUUGUAGUAAGAUAAACCAGAAUCUUGACUCCAGCACAUACAUUUAUUGGAAGUUGUGGAACGUUUGCUGUGGUUGCAGAAAUGACAUCAUAAUAAAGUUAUAAACUUUCUGAAAACAGAAGAGAUUAAAAAAACAUAUAUAUUCAAACAGAACACAUUUCGAUUUCAACAUACAUUCAUUAAAAUACCACAUCCCUGAAAGCACUUAACAUCAAAUAUAGUUUUGUUGAAGCAGAGAACAGAAUGUACUCAUUGGGGUGAUUUUUAUAUUGAGGUUGAUUUAUAUUCCAGGACUGGGAUACUAUGCUUACGGUAUGUUUACAACAUACACAUUUUCAUUGUUUUAGUAUGUAUUUUCUGAAUUUUCAAGUCUUUACCAUACUCAAAAUUGGUUAGAUUGUGCAUUAUGUUUUGCAGACAUAUUUUUAUCACACAUCGAUUCAGAAUAUGUUUACUGUGAAAUAUAAUCACUCUACUAGUUUAAUUACCAAAAUAUAACUCCGGAAAGUGUGAGUGGUCUCUUAAUUUUAACCCUUCUUUUCCUCACUCAAAACCUAUUUUUUCGACAUUUUCAUGGAAAGGAAAAGGUGCAGUGGUCUCAAAUUUUUCCGGAGCUGUAUUUUGUCCGUGUAAUUCUCGUAACACAUAAAUCGAACAGCAAAACACACACCUGCACUUGUUUCAAAAUUCAUAUUUUAAUGUAAUAUGCAAUAAUAACUAUAAACUGUCUGUUUUCACACCAGGCAAAACACUAGAACUAGCCAUUGAAAUGUACUGACCAUCAAAUGUGUAUUCUUUUCAUCCCAUGUGCAAAAAACAUAAAUGUACAUAUCUUUGAGUAUUACAGCAUGUAGGUGUACUGUGAUAUAGACACAAUGUUUAGCAGGCACUAGUUUUAAUCAAGUAAAUGUUCUUUCUGUUUUAGCCUGAAUAACUUUAGUAUGCUCAGAGGACAGUUAUUCUUCAUCUGUAUGUCUGUACUGUAAUAAUGUACAGUAUUAUAUAGUUUGGUACUUACUAUAUUUGAAUGAUGCUGUGUGGCUCAGUUUAUAAGAGCAUUACACUAGAAGCAGCAAAGUUAUGGGUUCAAUUAGGAUUACAUGGAUCCAUCUGUUUCCCUAUGGAUAAAAUGUUGUCCCUAUGGAUAAAGGUGUCUGCUUUGCAGAUGAAAGUUAUUAAUUUGUGGUAUAACACUAUUGUUGAAUCAUAUCAAAGGUAAUGUGACAAGUAAUUUGAAACACUAAGCUUGGUAAACAAAACAAAAAAGACUUGAAUUUUGGGUUGUCCCUAUUCAAUGAAAAUGUGCUUAGAGUUUUGAAACAGAAAUUUUGAUUUUAAAUUUGGAGCUUUGUGCUAACAGCUGUGAAAAAUGUACCA